UGCUGCACGCCGGACCGGAUGUCGACCGAGAGCACCCAGCCGCACACCCCCAACCCGAGCGACGAGGAGGUGGCCGUCCGCCUGCCUACAGCGCCUCUUAGCGCCGCCAACCAAUGGAAGCGGGCCGCCCUAAUGGCCCGUCUGCCUCCAGCGUUCCGCGAGACCGUCUCCGACGACAGCGAGGACGAGGUGGACACCAAGAAGCAGAUCAAGUACGGCAGCGGCUUCCAGGCGGCCAAGGCCAUCAUCCACGAGUACUGUGACUACACGACCAUCCACGGCAUCCGGUAUUUGGGCGAGAAGAAGCGCCCCAUUCUCGAGCGUCUCUUCUGGAUAUCCGUCCUCGUCCUCUCGAUCUUUACGUGCGUCAAACUGACCCUCAAUAUUUGGGACAAGUGGAACAACAACCCGGUGAUUGUCAGUUUCGCAGAAAAGUCCACACCCGUGUGGCAGAUCCCCUUUCCGGCAGUAACAGUGUGUCCGGAAACGAAAACCCGUCGUUCGCUCUUCAACUUUACGGAUUCGUAUCACCAGGUCCGGGAUUUCGCCAACAACGUCAGCGGAAUUUUGGAUCUCACCGAGAGGCAAAAAGAAAUCUAUGGAGCUGUGACCCAAGUCUGUGAGCCCCAUCUGCAUGACGUUGAGCUUGGCAAGGCCACCAGGAAGGGCAUGGAGAUUAUUGAUGCCCUCACGGAAGUGUCGCCCAUAUUCGAUGACACAUAUUUGAAUUGCAAGUGGCGGAAUACCCAGAAGAAGUGCAGUGAAAUCUUUCACAAGUUUGUCACGGAAGAUGGAGUGUGUUAUAGCUUUAACUCGCUGAGUCCUGCGGAAAUUUUCAGGGCAGAAGGAAUUAUUCCCGAUUUUAUAUUCCGAGAGGAGAACCAUUUAUCCAUGGACUGGAAUGUGGAGGAUGGUUAUAGCGCUAGUGCGGAUACCUCACCAUAUCCCAAUCGGGUUUUGGGUCCUGGAGCCAGAGCUGGUCUAUAUCUCUUUAUGGGCGGCAUGGAAAUAGAUUUUGAUGACAUGUGCCGAGGACCUGUACAGGGUUUCAAGAUUCUAUUACACACCCCCGGAGAUGUAGCCCAAGUGUCGAAGCAAUACUUCCGUAUCCCCUUCGACCAAGAAGUUCUCAUAUCCAUUCGCCCCAAAAUCAUCACCACCUCCGAUGGCCUGAAACACUACGAACCCAAUCGCCGUCAGUGCUACUUCCAGAAGGAGCGGGAUCUACGUUAUUUCAAUAUCUAUUCCCAGAGUAACUGCGAGCUGGAGUGCCUGGCCAAUUUCACUUUGGCCAAGUGCGGCUGCGUCAAGUUCUCCAUGCCCCGCAAUGUGAAUAUGCCCGUUUGUGGAGCUGCCAGCUUGAAGUGCUACAACCAGGCGGAGGACGAACUGCUGCUCAGGGAAUUCAACCAGGGAUUGGCCAGCUCUGGGGAGAAUAGUCGCGGGGAGACGGAGUGCAACUGCCUGCCGUCCUGUACCUCGAUUGCCUACGAGGCGGAGAUCUCCCAGGCGGACUUUGACUACAAGUCGGUGAUCAACCAGGACACGCCCGAAGGCAAGGAGGAGCAGGCCAAAAGAGAGGGAAUGAAAAUGUCCCGCGUGUCUAUAUUCUUCAAGGAGGCUCAGUUCCUGACUUCACGGCGCUCCGAGCUCUACGGUACCACGGACUUCCUUGCCAACUGUGGAGGUUUGCUCGGCCUCUUCAUGGGCGUGUCCAUGCUGAGUAUCGUGGAGCUGGUCUACUUCUGCACCGUCCGGUUGAUCUCCAAUCUUCGAAUGCGCCGCAAGACCCGCAAAGAACUGCUGCAGGCGGUCAACAAGGAUGCUUAAUUGAAGGACCUACUCACAUACAAAUAUCCCCAUACUUGGCAGGCCUCCUUCUUCGGGGAGGCUGAACCCGGAGCCAAAGUUGAGCUGACUCGGCUGCUCCGUGUUUGUGUUGCGUUAAAUGUUAAAUCUGCAAACAAUGAAAAUAAAGUUGUA